UAUAAAAUCGUUGCACAUCGAUAUUGAUCUCAUUCGCAAUCGUUACUGCUGUGAAAGUCGUCGGAUCCUCAACGAUGCAUUUCUUUGUUUGUUUUGUUGUCUUGUUGCUAUCUGCAAUCUGCAACGGCCAGUCUUUAAUCAAUGCCGAAAAAAGCCCACUUUGCAAAGUGCGGAAUACAUACAUAAAAGUGGAGGGAGAAUGUGAUUCCUACAUUGAAUGCCGGGACUAUCUCUCGACUGAAAUGCUAUGUCCAGAUGGUCUUCAUUUCAACCCUAACGCACAGUGGCCGGAGUAUGCUUGCGGUUAUCCUCAGGAUGUGCCUUGCGUAGGUCGUGGCAUUACCCGUAAGUAUAAUAACAAUAAUCAUAUUCAAAUUAUAAUUAAUCAAAAUAUACGUAAUUUUGAGAAUAGUUUCACUUUCUCCCAUCUAUUUUUAUUAACAGAGCCAGCGAAUCCUACAGCUGACUGCGCACAUCAAUACGGAUACUUUCCAUCUCCCGUGGCUGACCCAAAUGAUUGUGGACAUUAUCGCAUUUGUAACGCCGGCAGAGCCAUUGAAAUGCAUUGCCCUACUGGCUUAGCAUUUAACCCUGUUACUGCCCAAUGCGACUGGCCUGAACUGGUGCCUACCUGCGAUGUUGAAACUUUCGUUGGGUAUCAGUGUCCUCCAGCUGCGAUUGACCGAAAUGGCAACCCAGUAGUAACAAACCAUAAGUAUGAAGGCGAUUGCUCUGCUUUCUACUCGUGUAUCAACGGGCACGCCCGCAUCCUGUCCUGCGAUACUGGAUUGGCGUUUAACCCCGUCACCAGUCGUUGCGAAGACGCCGAUCGCGUUCAAUGCGAAGCGAAGUCUAUUGCCAAAUAUUACUAA